AUGGCGCUGCGAAACCUCGCCUCGGCAGUCACUCUGUCUACCCUCGCCUUUGCCUCCAAAACCUUCCUUCGCCUUACAACUAAGGAGUAUAAAAUGUGGUCGCUUCUUCCUCUCAACACAUACUUUCCUUUUACCACACCUUCUCGCACCUGUCGCAACAAUCGUUGGACACUGGGCGCGUCCGAUAUCAUGUUCACCAAACCAACACACGCCAAAUUCUUCAAUCUAGGUCAGGUGAUAGAGACGCAUCGAGGAGGUGGAAUCUUUCAGGAGGCCGUAGAUCGGGCGGUCCAGUUACUUCAGGAUGGGAGCUGGAUCCACAUUUUCCCCGAGGGCAAAGUCAACCAACAGCUCACCAAUCCCGCCGGAGGUCUGUUACGGUUCAAAUGGGGAAUAGGGCGCAUUAUCAUGGAUUCGCAGGUGAUGCCGGAGAUAAUACCCAUAUGGAUAUCAGGUUUCGACCAGAUUAUGAACGAGACACGAGGCUCCCCCCGAAUUAUUCCAAGACCAGGGGCAAAAAUCAGCAUAACCGUCGGGCAAUCUCUCACAGCCGAAAUACAACCUCUGGUGGAUCAGUGGCGUCAGAUGGCACAUCAGGAAGCAGGCACCCUGGGGAUUGGUGGACAAUGGUCACAGGACGCAGAUCACACAGGGCCCGCUGGAGACCAGCAGAGGGAGAUUAGAGGAAAAGGUGAUCUAAUAGACGGGAAAGAAGAAGAAGUGCGAAUCAAGAUUGUGGAGGCCCUGCAGGAAGGUUUGCGGAAACUUGGACAGGAAGUGGAGAGCGCUGAGGGGCGAUUUAAGCAUGGGCUGUGGUCCCAAUCAACCGCGCAAACAUCGAGAAGAGAGUAG